AUGUUGUACUCCAAAAUCUUCUUGACCGCCCUUGCCUUUGGUGCUAUUCUGCCUCACACUCUUGCUGUUCGGUAUGAAUCUGGAGUAAUCAACACAUUCCUGUCAUUCCAAUGUGAUGGAAGAACCAACUUUGUGGUCAACGACGACUUUGAAAUCUGUGAUGUUGACGUUGAAGUAGACCUUAAAGGGAUUGCCGCCGGUCUCGAUGGGCUGGUGUUCAAUGUCAAUUACUAUCCUGGUGGCUCCUUUGGAAUCACAAGGGGUCUUGUGGGCCGUCAUUUUUGUGGUGGAUCUGGUGAUAUUCAUGCACUCUUUGAUGAUGAUGCAAGUGCAGGUCCAAUUGACUGCAGUUCGAACCUUGUGAAUGAUGGAUCUGCUGUUCAACCAGAGCAAAACUUAAAGCUCCUAGUUUGA